AUGAGCGAUGGCGAGGGCCAUGGGCAUGGAGCCAUCUCGCAGCGAGCCGUGCGAAUCACCUUGCGCUUCGGCAGCAACGGUGGGAGCCCACAGCAUCACACGCUGCGCCAAGGGCAGGAGGACUGUCUCCGCAUCGGCCGCGACCCGGCCAGCGAGGUGCCCGUGAAUCUGCCCGGGGUCUCCUGGGCGCACGCGGAGCUGCGCUUGGGCACCGGGACUCCCGGGGCUCCGUCCCUGUGCCUUCGCGACUUGUCCUCGAACGGCACGGGCCUGAAGGAUGGCUCCGGAGGCAUCGCACGGGUGAAGCGGGGCGUGGACGUGGAGGUUCCCUUGAAUAGCCUCGUGGUGCUCCCGCUGAAGAUUAAGGCGGCCACGAGUGCCAACGCCUUGGAGUCCCGGAUGUGCUUUGCUGUGGAGCUGGGCGAGGAAGCGGCGCCGCCGGACCCCGUCCAGGAGGCGCUGUUGGCCCAGGCGCAGAUGGCGCGGGAGGUGCAGGCGGCGGCCUUGCGGGAGCUCCAGCAGCAGGCCCAGCAGCAGCAGGCCGGGACCCGGGAGGCCCGGCGGGGCGGGGCACCCAGCCAUGGCCACCACGGCCACGGCCGCGACUCUGCUUGCGCUUUUGAGACGGUGCGGUGCGAGAAAGUUCUGCAGGCAGCACGAGGAGACGACAGGGCCGAGAUGGCCGAGACCGGAGGGACCGCGGAAACCGGCGCUCCCGCGACGGGAAGAGUCGCCGAGAGGAUCGCGGAAGGCGACGAGCGUAAUCGGUCAGGGGGUCGGAUACUGUCCAUGAUGUGCCAUGGACAGUCGAGUUUCACGGAGGUCCGUGCGGGAGAAACGAACACCAACUUCAGCGCUGCUCCGCCGGGGCUAGCUGAGCCGGAGGCUAACGGCGCCGCGGCCCCGGCCGCCCCGGCCCCGGCCCUCCCAGCCGAUUUGCUGAAGGCAAGGCUCCGAGCUCAAAGAAGGGAAGGGGGAGACCAGGGACCGACGGAGCUCAGAGAGGACCUGCGCUCAGCGGAGCCAGCGCCUGCAGCGCCUGCAGCGCCUGCAGCCCAGAGGGAAGACGAGACAGUCCGAGUCCGAGCCUUGCCAGCUAGCCACAGCCACAGCGCUACAAGGUGCUUCCUCGACGCCGGCGUUUCCCGACGAGAGAAGUUCUGUCGGUUCCGCACUUCCGAGCGUGUUCAACGCGAGCGGCUCCGCAAGCGGCCGGGGAGCAAGAGCGAGAGAAAGAGAGAAAGCUUGCUAGCUGCUAGAAAAGAGGGCGAGAAGGACUCGUCUUCUGUGGGCCCCGCCUGGCUCGAGGCAGCCGCCAAAGCUGCGGCUGCGCUGAUGGCCAAGGAGGCACCGAGCGGUGGCCCUGGCGGCUUUGGCCCGGCGGCAGUGGGGGCAGUGCUCGGGCCACCGUUUGGGCCUGGCCGGGUGGCGCCCCGCGGGGGCCUCCCGCUGGGGCUCAGACCUAGACCCGAGAAGGAGGUUGAACCGCCCAGCUUCGAGAUUGGCUCGGACGUCCAAGUUCUGAGCCAGGCCAGAAGCAAAAGUCCGAGCCGAUCGCAGGUCGCAAGUAGCAGCUGUAGCAAGUGUCACAUUACAAGUGCUCUUAGUCUUUGCGCUCUUUUUGCAGAGGGCCAGUGGAAGAUCGGCACCGUGCUGGCCGAGACGGCGACGGGCUUCUUGGUGCUCACGGACAUGGAGCAGCUGGAGGUACCGGCUGCGGAGGCAGGAGCCCUGCGACCGAGCUUCGCUCCAGAGGCGAUCCGGCCGAAUCUCCCCUUGCGGCCCGCACGGAGCUUACAGCAGACUCCGCAGCGUCGUCUCGGCCUCGCCCGGGCCCGCCGGGCUUUUGAGCCACGGCCGGCGGGUCUUGCGGCGAGUGGCGGUUCGCAGCGCCAGUCCGAAGACUCCUGCGAGAAAGCCGUUUAA